CGACCACUAGAGAGCGAGACCUGACUAUGAUUAUAUGAGGUACCGGGUACCCCUGCUGCGGGUAGUUGUUGUCGGUCAGUGGGUCGGUAGGCGUGGCUAUUUAUUUAUUGCACGCCGGUAGUGCGCGUGUUCAAUGGCCAUAAUUAUAGUAGGCUACGUUUUGGAUCACAUUAUAUUUUAUGAAAUGACAAAAAAAUAAUGUUUCUAGAUUGACGAUACAUCUAAUUCGAACACAUCACUAACAGUAAUAUAGUUUUCCUGGAGGCUAUGAGUUGUGGAUUUCAAUUCGUCAAUAGAACGUUCGUUUCCACAAUGUCCAACGCGUUUCAACAACUGAUGAAAUCAUCCAGGAAAACUGCUGAAAAAAGCCCACCGUCAAAGAGAACAAAAGUUGAUGUGGCCAAGGAAGUCAGCAGCAAUAAAAGCACUUCUAGGAAACAUUUUUGGAAAAGUGGACUGACACAUGCAAUGAAUGAUUCAGAAAACAUUGUUGAAUCAACUGAUUCUCUUGUCAUCAUCAAGGAUAAAUAUCCAAAAGCAAACUUUCACUAUUUGAUAAUGCCCAAGGCUGUUCAAUUGAACUCCCCACAAAAAUUGACCAACUUAAAUCUUCAUCUUUUGAAAGACAUGCAACAGAAAGCUCAAAUGCUCAUCAAUGAUCUUCAUCCAAAAGCAAAAUUCAAGAUUGGUUUUCAUGCUAAACCAAGCAUAGACCACUUACAUCUACAUGUUAUCAGUACAGAUUUUGUUUCUACUUGCAUGAAGACCAAAAAGCACUGGAAUUCAUUUAAUACUGAGCACUUCCUGAAUCUGUCAGAUCUGAUCACAGAGUUGGAAGAAAAAGGGAAUUUGGAUGACUACUAUCCAAAUGAUAAAGAUAUCGAGUUGUACCUGAAAAAACCGCUAAGAUGUAACCAAUGUCCAUUUGAAGCAAAGACAAUGCCGAGUCUCAAGACACACUUGGACACGCACGCUAAUAGCUCUCCGUAAUAUUGCUAACGUCGCAUCUUUUCUCACUAAAAGUUCAAUUAUUCAUAAUCAUAAAUGGGUAUUAAAUCGUUUUUUUUAUUUUUAUAAUGGCCAUUCGUAAAUCUGCUGUAAAAGUAAAACAUGAAUAGCAAAUCACAAAAAGCUGGUCGUGAGUUAAUCGUAGAAAUAUUUGUGGUGAAAUUAAGCACAUCAUGGAUAAUUAAAAUGUACGUCAAAGCUACAUGCAGUGCAUUUUCUAUUCUUUUUUGUUUCGCCCCUUUUUACUAAUGAAAUCCGCAU